UGGCAGUUUGGUCUGGAGCAGCUGAAACCGGUUUGAGCGCAGCCGCUUCCUGCCAUUGGGCGCCGCCGCGGGCGGCCUUGGGGAGCGCUGGCGAGCCGUGGACAGCGGGAACCCGGCACCUUGGCCCGCUGCACUCGCUCUCGGGCGCGGCGGCGGCGGCGGCGCGGACCUGCGAAUCCGGCAGCACAUCUUAAAAUAAAUUCAUCAAAAUGACACCGUCUCAGGUUACCUUUGAAAUUAGAGGAACUCUGUUACCAGGAGAAGUUUUUGCGUUGUGUGGAAGCUGUGACGCCUUGGGAAACUGGAGUCCUGAAAAUGCUGUGGCCCUUCUUCCAGAGAAUGAGACAGGUGAAAGCAUGUCAUGGAAAGUCACCAUUGUACUCAGUAGAGGAGUAUCAGUUCAGUAUCGCUACUUCAAAGGGUGCUUUUUAGAACCAAAGACUAUCGGUGGUCCAUGUCAAGUCAUAGUUCACAAGUGGGAGACUCAUCUACAACCACGAUCAAUAACCCCUUUAGAAAGCGAAAUUAUUAUUGACGACGGACAAUUUGGAAUCCACAAUGGUGUUGAGACUCUGGAUUCAGGAUGGCUAACGUGUCAGACUGAAAUAAGAUUACGUUUGCAUUAUUCUGAGAAACCUCCUGUCUCAAUAACCAAGAAGAAAUUUAAAAAAUCUAGAUUUAGGGUAAAGCUGACACUAGAGGGUCUGGAAGAAGAUGAUGAUGAUAGGGUGUCUCCCACUGUUCUUCACAAAAUGUCCAAUAGCUUGGAGAUAUCCUUAAUAAGUGACAAUGAGUUCAAGUGCAGGCAUUCACAGCCGGAAUGUGGGUAUGGCUUACAGCCUGAUCGUUGGACAGAGUAUAGCAUACAGACAAUGGAACCAGAUAACCUGGAACUAAUAUUUGAUUUUUUUGAGGAAGAUCUCAGUGAACACGUAGUUCAGGGUGAUGCCCUUCCUGGACACGUGGGUACAGCAUGCCUCUUAUCAUCCACCAUUGCUGAGAGUGGGAGGAGUGCUGGGAUCCUUACUCUUCCCAUCAUGAGCAGAAAUUCCAGAAAAACAAUAGGCAAAGUGAGAGUUGACUAUAUAAUUAUUAAGCCGUUACCAGGAUACAGUUGUGACAUGAAAUCUUCAUUUUCCAAGUACUGGAAGCCAAGAACACCAUUGGAUGUUGGACAUCGAGGUGCAGGGAAUUCUACAACAACUGCUCAGCUUGCUAAAGUUCAAGAAAAUACUAUUGCUUCUUUAAGAAAUGCUGCUAGUCAUGGUGCAGCCUUUGUAGAAUUUGAUGUACAUCUUUCAAAAGAUUUUGUGCCUGUGGUGUAUCAUGAUCUUACCUGUUGUUUGACUAUGAAAAAGAAAUUUGAAUCUGAUCCAGUUGAAUUAUUUGAAAUUCCAGUAAAGGAAUUAACAUUUGACCAACUCCAGUUGUUAAAGCUCACUCAUGUGACUGCACUAAAAUCUAAAGAUGUGAAAGACUCUGUGAUUGAAGAAGAAAAUUCUUUUUCUGAAAAUCAGCCCUUUCCUUCUCUUAGGAUGGUUUUAGAGUCUUUGCCAGAAGAUGUAGGGUUUAACAUAGAAAUAAAGUGGAUCUGCCAACAAAAGGAUGGAAUAUGGGAUGGUAACUUAUCAACAUAUUUUGACAUGAAUCUGUUUUUGGAUAUCAUUUUAAAAACUGUCUUAGAAAAUUCUGGGAAGAGAAGAAUAGUGUUUUCUUCAUUUGAUGCAGAUAUUUGCACAAUGGUUCGACAAAAGCAGAAUAAAUAUCCCAUAUUAUUUUUGACUCAAGGCAAGUCUGAUAUUUACCCUGAACUUAUGGACCUCAGAUCUCGGACAACCGCUAUUGCAAUGAGCUUUGCACAGUUUGAAAAUCUGCUGGGGAUAAAUGCACAUAGUGAAGACCUGCUCAGAAACCCAUCCUACAUUCAAGAGGCAAAAGCUAAGGGACUAGUCAUAUUCUGCUGGGGUGAUGAUACCAAUGAUCCCGAAAACAGGAAGAAAUUGAAGGAAUUUGGAGUUAAUGGUCUAAUUUAUGAUAGGAUAUAUGAUUGGAUGCCUGAACAGCCAAAUAUAUUCCAAGUGGAGCAGUUGGAACGCCUGAAGCAAGAAUUGCCAGAGCUUAAAAGCUGUUUGUGUCCCACUGUUAGCCGCUUUGUUUCCUCAUCUUUGUGUGGGGAGCCUGAUAUUCACAUGGAUGCCAAUGGCAUCGAUAAUGUGGAGAGUGCUUAGUUUUUAUUGGGCAGAGGCCACUCACUUGGGGGCAUGCACUACUCUUCUGGGUAUUCACUUUUCAUUGUAGAGCAUUGUUUGUCUAUGCCUUUUAGGUUUCUCAAUCCAGUUAAGCAAUAAUGAAGUAUUUUACUGUUUCACUACAGUUCUUGCUAAAAUUUCAAGUAUGCUAUUUAAAUCAAUUGGCCAGGUAUAAUUACCAGUCAGUCUCAUUACAAUGAGAAAAUUUAUCGAUUGGUAAAUAUUUUAAACUAAAUAUAUAAAUGUAUAAAUGUUAAACAAAUGUUCAUGAAAAGCAUAGCACUUUGAAAUUAACUGUAUAAAUAUCUCAUAUUUACACUUCUUACAUCUUUUCAUUCAAUCAGGUCUGAAAUAUUUAGCACUUGAGGAACAUGACUAUGCAUAAUUAUACCUGACCAUGGAAAAAUAAGUACCUCAAAUGCAUGCAUUUGCACUGGUGAUUCCAACUGCACAAAUCUUUGUGCCAUCUGUGUAUAUGUGUAUUUUUUACAUGGAUUGACAUGCACAUAAACCAUUUUCAUUCAGUAUGAACCUUGAGGCUGCUGCCAUUUUCCCACUUAAUCAAACCAAUGCCUGUGUAAACAGCCUUGAGGUGAUCCUUGAAAACUUGUUUCAUGAGUCUUUCAAAAGUUGUUUUGCAUAAAUGUUAAAAUUUCAAAAUGCUGCAGGGCAAUUUAAUGUAUAAAAUAUUAGCAGAAGUAUGUAUUGCAUACUUAGUAGAUCAUUAUGUAUAAAUUCUAUUCAGUGCAUGCUUUAGGUUUUAAGCAUGAGAUUGUACACGUUUACUUAAGUCCUUGCAUCUGUGGUGCUAGGUGAGUGUGAGAAGGUGUCAAGGACUGAAAAUAUUUUGUUGCCUAAAAAAAAAAAAAAAAGCCUGUUCAUAGGCAUUUUAAAUAUGCUUAUUUUAAGUCUCUCUCACUACCUAUUACACACCGUUGCUUUAUGGGUGUGUGUGUAUGUGUGUGUGUGUGUGUUAUAUAGUAAUUAAAUCUCCAUGCAGAAAAAUAAAUGUCCUGAAUUCUCAUAUUGGUAUUCUUUAUUGGUUAAUGUAUAUCAUGCAUGUAAUUUAUUUAGAAAUAUAGAUGAUCCUACUAAAUGUAUAUGCAUGUUUUUAGGGUUAUGCUAAGGUUUCUUUCAUUAGAAGCAGAUUGUUUUGGCAUAACUGUAAUUUAAGAAUGAAUGUUAAAUAAAAUACACAGGUUUAUUUUCAUCAUUAUAAAAUGAAAUGUCAAGGUUUUACUUUUGUAGAAUUGAUUCUAUAAUAUGAGAAAUUGGAAUUUACUGUCUGCGCUAAAGGGAUGGAUUAUUUCCAUCUACCUUUUACAGCAUAUUCUUCAUUAAACAGUUUAGUCAUGUAUUGACAUAUUUUGGUAGUAGCUGAGAACCUAAGACUUGGAAUUAAUAUGUUGUAUCUUUAUUUUUUAAGCCAAGCAAUGCAAUUUUGGUCAGAUCUUAAUUGUGUGACGAUAAGCUUUAAAAUCGUAUGAUACUGUGUUUGUAACACAGAUUUUUAAUAGAGAAUAGUUUCAGAAAUGGAGUCUUCUGCAAGGGUUCUAUAUAUUUUUCCACCUUGAAUGAAAUUCUCCAACACUUUGGUGUGAAUUAGGUACUUUUAGAAAACUGAAAAAGAAUUAGUUUUCUUCGUUUGCAGACCUUGUACAAUACAAUUACCAUUACCUUAUGGUAACUUGAUUAGCCAAAUGUGUGUAUUUCUAGCCCUGUUUGUUUGCUCCUCUCCUCUAUGCCUUUCAAGUUCCAGCUCCAUUUUGAAAACUUGCAAUUCAUAAAGAGAAGGAAGGGAGGAAGAGGAGCAGAGAGAGAGGGGUUUCUUGAACAGUGUAAUUUGCUGAGUAGAGCUUAUAGUGACUGCAGGUAGAACCUCACCGCUCACUUUUCUGUCUCCUCCUGACCUUAUAAACCAGGGUUAGUAGAUGAUUAAAGCAUAGCAAGCAGUGUGGCUCCCCAUUUUUAUAGGACUAAGUCCAGGCUUCCAUAUCACUAGUUGCUGCCCUUGGUGUGUGCCAGGCCCUGGCCAUGCCCAGCUCCUCCACUGCUCGCUGUCUACAGGUAGCCACGUGCCCUCUGCGUAGAAGCCCUCCUUCCCACAGAUGCAUCCUCCUUACCAAACUCAUUUCUUCUUGAGCAAUCGACCUCUCUCCCCUGAGCCUUUGCCGAAACUCCUGCAGAAGGGAUGAAUCCAUCUUUUGUACUCCAUAGCUGUAUGUUUGUACCUUGGUCAUGCCAUGCGUCAUAGCACAUUCUAGAUAGGCACAGUUGUUUGUCUCACCUACCAGGAUGCGGACCCUUCAAGGGCACAGACCUUGUCUUACUCAUCUCUAUUUUCAUAGUGAAUGGAACAUAGUAGAAAAGUGAAUGUUGAAAUUAUUGGGGUAAUAUAACAUAUCAAAUAUCCUUUUGAAUUAAGAGAUCUAGUGAUGUUUACUAAGAAUGUAGACUGCGCAUUGGUUUACAUUUUGACAAUUGGAACAGUUUAUUGAUGUAGAGCUACAAUGUUGAAUUAUUUUAUAUUUUCUGGAAAUUGAGUGAAAUGUUGAUAAAACGCCGCCAUUCUUCUCUGGUAUUUUCUCCCCUCUGGAAUUAUGUACUGUUGACUGGAUGUAGGUGUGAGGAACGUAGCUCAUUUCUGUGUGGCUAGUGCCUGAGGGCUACCACAGCCAGCCCUUUACCUCACUCCCGUUGUUCCUUCUGAUGCUUGUCCUCUCCCCUCCAAACCCCACGCUCAUGCCUACCUCAGUCCUGCUUUCCUUGUCUGAAAUGUCUUCUGUCCCUUCAGUGUCCAGCUCAGGUGCCACCUACUGUAUAAAACUUUCCUCACCUUUUGAUCAGAAUCAUGAUGCACACAAAUGCAGACAGCCUCUGAAUCUCACUACUUCGUUUUGCAGCUGAGGCAGUAAACCCAGAGUUGACUGACCAUGUCGGGACUAGAACUGGGUUUCGUGACUUGCUGUGUUCUUAAAGUACGCUGCCUUCUGAAUUCUUGUGGCAUUUAUUAGCUUGUGCUUUCUUAGAGUCCAACUUCUCAUGUGCCUGCUAAUAAGACUGUAAGCCCCUUAAGGGCAGGGACUUCUUUGCAUUUCUAACACUACUGUAGUGCUCUAUACUUAGUUAUGAACUAGAUAAAUAAAUGGUGGUGGCAACAA